CAUUACAAACAGACAUCUUAUAAUACAGGUUUGAAGUAUCCUGUGUUUGAAAAGCAAAUUAAUAUAUGUGGAUCCCAUUUGCCUCACAGUUUGAGAUCAAAAUUAAAUAAUUCAAGUUUGAAGGAGAGUUAAUGGAUGUUUGCAUUAAGCAAAAAUAAUGUGAAAGUAUUGAGACGGUUCACAAUAGUCGGAUUUUGUAUUCUUCCAUAACAGGUACGCCACUAAAAAUGGAGGGAAGAGACGAAACCUCCAUCGACAUGGAAACGGGUGAAAUAUUAUACCCAUCACAAUACAACGCGGAAACGGGCGAAUACGAGGGCUUCCUCGCCCUCCCGCAAAGGGUAAAAUUCCAAAUACCACCCCAGAUAAAGCCCAACAAGAAAACCCACAGAGGUCCUAAAAUGGAUGAACAGAAUCUCGAACUCAUAACAGCCGCGAUAUUUCUAUUACCGACAGCAAUACUGUUCAAUCCAGUACUGUGGGCGGUCGCUUUGAUACUGGAGAUCGUUAUACACAGCUGGACUCACAAGAAGAACAGUACCCUUCGCAACGACACCGUACAUUAUUACCGGAGCCCCCUGCACGGCAUCGUAAAGGAAUUCUGCGCCAAGUGCAAAGACUCCAAUGCCAAAGAGAAAAUAAGCAAACUGCAAGACAGGCGUAACGACAAGAUGAGGAAGUACGGCCUGGAGUCCAUAAGGAGGGUAGUCACCUAAUACCAACUUACUCGAUGCUUACGGGAACCAUUAUAUUUAUUCGAAAACUUUUAGUUUCUUUCUGCCUUAUCGUUGAAGAUAAGGCGAUAUAAUUUAGCGUUACUAUUUUUUUUACUGUCGUCACGUUUGUAGAAGGGUUGCGGUUAAAUUACUGA